AUGUUAUCAAGAUCAUUCAAAUCAGCAAGAACAGUAAGGGCAUUGAUGUCCUCUACUGCUUCUGUGCGUUCAUUAUCGUUCCUUUCGAAACCUGUUAGCGAAGUAGACCCAGAGAUGGCUAGCAUUUUAGAACAAGAAAGAACUAGACAACGUCAAUGUAUCAGUUUGAUUCCCUCGGAAAACUAUACUUCCAAGUCAGUAAUGGAGUUGCUUGGAUCGGAGAUGCAAAACAAGUAUAGUGAGGGGUAUCCAGGUGAGCGUUACUAUGGAGGUAACAAGAUUAUCGAUAAAUCUGAGUCGCUUUGUCAACAACGUGCAUUGGAAGCUUUUGGAUUGAACCCUGAAGAGUGGGGAGUUAAUGUGCAAGCAUUAUCCGGUGCACCAGCAAAUCUUUACACAUAUUCGGCAAUCUUGGAAGUUGGUGACAGAAUCAUGGGAUUGGACUUGCCUCAUGGUGGACAUUUGUCUCAUGGUUACCAAACCAAUACUGCAAAGAUUUCAUUUAUUUCAAAGUAUUUCCAAACCAUGCCAUACAGAUUGGAUGAGCUGACUGGAUUAAUUGAUUAUGACACAUUGGAAAAGAAUGCUCAAUUGUUUAGACCAAAAGUUAUUGUUGCUGGUGCAUCCGCAUACUCAAGAGUGAUUGACUACAAAAGAAUGAAACAAAUUGCCGACAAGGUUGGUGCUUACUUGAUGUCUGAUAUGGCGCACAUUUCUGGAUUGGUUUCUGCAGGAGUUACUGAGUCCCCAUUCCCAUACUCCGAUAUUGUUACCACCACCACACACAAAUCAUUAAGGGGACCAAGAGGUGCCAUGAUCUUUUUCAGAAAAGGUAUUAGAAAAGUUACCAAAAAGGGUAAAGAAAUCCCAUAUGAGUUGGAAAGAAAGAUUAACUUUUCAGUUUUCCCUGGUCAUCAAGGUGGUCCACACAACCACACCAUUUCCGCCUUGGCUGUUGCCUUGAAGCAAUGUGCAGAGCCAGACUACAAAAAAUACCAACAAGCUGUUGUUGACAAUGCAAAGCAUUUUGCCAAUGAAUUACAAAGCAAAGGCUUUGACUUGGUGUCAGGUGGUACAGAUACCCAUUUGAUCUUGGUUGACUUGAGCUCGAAAAAGAUUGAUGGUGCACGUGUAGAAGCUGUUUUGGAAAGAGCCAAUAUUGCUGCAAAUAAAAACACCAUCCCUGGUGACACUAGUGCUCUCUUCCCCUCUGGUUUAAGAGUUGGAACACCCGCAAUGACCACUAGAGGAUUUGGUUUUGAUGAAUUUACCAAAGUUGCUGAGCUCAUGGACGAAGCUGUUGCAAUUGCAAUUGAAUUGAAGGCAAAGGAACAAGGUAAAGUGCCUAAAGAAUUGUUGGCUUCAUUCAAAAAAUUGGCUGACGAAAGUGACAAAGUCAAGGAGCUUGGACAAAGAGUAGCUGAGUGGACAACAACAUACCCAGUGCCAGGUGAUUUGUAA